GCUGCUCGGGUGGCCGGCCGGAGUCGGAGCGUCGGCCAUGUCGAGAAUGCGAGCCUAGGCUGAAUCUCGGACGCCUACUAUUGGGGGGCUCGGCGGUGCCUACUAGCCUUACGGGCGCUCCUUCGGAGGUCAUUCAUUUUGACCCUAUGGUUUUAGAGGCCGGGGCUGCGACGGGAGAUUGGACAUUAGUUUCGGGUCGGGCCAAAGACGGCACUCGUUCAAUUCGGCGGCGUCGUUCUCGACGGGCUUCGCCCUCUCGGUUGGGGCGGCAAUCGGAUGAGCGAGUUCGGGGGUCUCAUCUAGGUCCUUUGGUUCGGACGGACAAGGGUAAAGCGCCUGCGGUCGCUCCUUCUCGGGUAGAGCUGGCGGAUUCCGUGGUUGGCGCGGGCACGCGGCCGGUAACCAUUGGGGUACGGGACGGGCGCAACGCUCGGGGGCGGCCUCCGGCGCGAGCAUGGGCUCGGUGA